AUGCAACAAUUCAAAAAAAUCAUUAAGAAAUUGCAAAACUUUCGUUAUUUAAAUGCUUUAACUAAUGACACUGGAUGUAUAAGUAAUACCGAACUGUUAGAAAACGGUGUAAAAUGUAGUGAACACAUUUUGCACCAUUGGCGCAAUACACAUUCAUUAGAUAAGGAAGUUGCAGCUAAUUUUAUAAGCACCAAUGAUAAUGAUUUCAUGACUAGUUCUCUGAAUAAAUUAAAUUUUGUUUACUCAAACCAGUUUCACGAAAAAAUCAAAUACUUUUAUAGUAAUUCAGAUACCAAGCAAUAUCCGGCUAUUUUGAAAACUAUACAAACUGCUACAGUAGAUAAAUCAAGUGCUGCUCAUGAGCCCCAUAGUAAUUUGGUAUAUUCUGGCGCUCGCCAGCACACGUUUUUGAUAACGGAUUUAUUAGUUCAUCAUGCUCAAGGAUUUAGUAAAUUUUUCAAUUCGCAACGUGAAUUUAAAAUAUGGUGGAUGCGAUCUGGCGCUCGCCAGCACACGUUUUUGAUAACGGAUUUAUUAGUUCAUCAUGCUCAAGGAUUUAGUAAAUUUUUCAAUUCGCAACGUGAAUGUAAAAUAUGGUGGAUGCGAGUUAGUUCGGAUCCUAGUAAAUACUUCUUAGAACCAUAUCAUUUUGAGGACAUACCGAAUACCACGCUACCUACAGGCACACAAUCCGUAACAAUUAAAACAAAAUUACCAUAUUUCACGUUCGAUGUCGAAAGUAUUACCCUUGUACCCUUGGCUGGAGCUGGCUUGAAUCAGACUGCGUUUCAGCUUUUGUCCAAUAAUAAAGGUGACCAAAAUAUGCCGGCUGUUAUACGUUCAGUUAUUGAUUUGAACGCUGCAACAGGUGCUAUUCUCUUUGAUAGUGCUGAUAAUGAUCGUGAUAAUACUCUGUUACUCGAUAGAAAGCUGGCUCCUGUUCAAUGUGCCGUGGCCUGCUACCAUGAAGGCAAAAAUAUAGACGAUCUAGAGGACUUAUGUUUGCAUCUACACUUUGUUCUCGAGCGCUCCGGGCUACGGAUGUUAAGUGAAAAUACAGUUUUCACAGAUUCCUUUCAAGAAUUGGAUGUUGGCCUUCAAAAAACCGAUUGCCUUGGCAUACCAUAUACGCUAAUAAUUAACGAAAGUACUCUUAAGACUGGCUUGCUAAAACUUCGUAGUCGCGAUACAACGCUGGAGGAGUCCAUACACAUUACUGAUAUACCAGCAUAUUUAUUACAUAUAUUUACCAGUUGAAACUUCCCGCAUAAAAUGAUGAGA